AAAAAAAGCGCUUCCUUUUUGACAGUUUGUUUGUGUCGGCUUGGCGUUUUUAGGUUAUUUUGCUGCUAAAAGCAAAAUUAAUCGCUGAAAUAUUUUUACUAAAGUCAAAAGAUAACCUAUCACAAUGGCGGCGGCUAUGCCCAUCAACCCCAAACCGUUCCUCAACAGUCUUACUGGCAAGUCCGUCCUUGUAAAAUUGAAGUGGGGCCACGAGUACAAGGGUUUGCUCGUGUCUGCUGAUGGUUACAUGAACCUACAACUCGCCAAUACCGAAGAAAUUGUGGAGGGAAACAGCACAGGUAACCUUGGCGAAGUUCUGAUUAGAUGUAACAACGUCCUCUAUGUGAGAGGAGCGGAAGAAGAGGAUGAGGAAGGUGAAAUGAAGGAAUAGGUUUUAAUUUAAGCUUAAUUUAGUAAUAUUAAGUAUAAGGUUUAAUAAAUAAUUUAAGGCAA